AUGGAGGCCCCACCCAUCGAACUGCGCAGCGAGCACGACGACACAACCGAUACUGAAAACUACACCUGGGUCUCACUAGGUCCUUGCAAGUCCUACAACGUAUAUCAUGACCCGCACCUACACCUUCCAAAGUCCACAAGUAACAACCAACAACCACAGGACCUAGAGAAAAAAGCAUUCGAAUCUCUACAUGUCGAUAAAGACCGUCAGAACGUCCACUUCCACUUCCAAGGCCAUGACCGAUGCGAGGCAAGAGCGAAGCCAAACCUCUGGGACAAGGGCUCGUACUUUGUCCAGAAGCUGUUGCAGGAUGGUAGUCUGCGGCUGAUACCGCAUUUUUCGGAGAAGAAGGCUAGAGGGAGGGAGGAGAAGCGUGAUGUGUCGUCGCCUGGUACGAGUAUAGGCUGCUUGGGAGUGGAGAGGGAGGUGGACAUGGGGUCAAAGACCGACGAUCAUUCACUGAGCGAUACGGUGGAUGAAGAUUAUCCCUUCACGACAUCUCAACCUCAUCUUCAUCCCCGCAGCGGUCAGUAUGUUCAUGCUAGUCAGCUCAGCAGCAAGUUCAACCACAGCAUCCCACGCCUCUCACCAAAUGCUACAUACACGACCUGGCUAUCCGACUUCGAUCGCAUCAAACAAGACCACGUCGGAGACAAGUUCGCCAACGUCACGCCCGCGCAGAAACGCAGCCUGGAGAAAGCAAUACACAGGCGUGUACACCAGUGCUUGAUCAACGGCAAAUACGGUAUCCCGGCAUCUAAGCCUUGCGUGGCAUGUGUGCGGAGAGGACUAACCUGUCGGGUUUACCAUCCCGACUGCUACUUGUGGGUUAUGUCGGGGAUUGGGGGCGCGAGAACACAGUUGGGAUGGAGAUGUGCGUUGUGUAGACUGCAGGAGAGGGGUGAGGGGUGUAAUGUGCAGUGGGAGGGGGGGCUGGAAGGUGAGGUGAUUGAAUUGAGGCGUUGGAAGAGUGGUGGUGAGGGUAAAUGGGACGAUGGGGAGGGGCAGAAGGUUGCUUCGAAAGAGGACAGGAUUGAUAGGGAGAAGUAUCAUGAGCUUCUGAGGGAACUGGGGAUGCAUUGUCAAGAUUCGUAG